AUGGUUCAGAUGUCUCCAACGGGAGGCAGUUCAAAGUUGGCAUUAAAUAAUUUGGAAUAUAUCUUGGAAGCUUCCACCAACGAGGUAGCAGAUGUAGUCGUGCAUUCAGCUUUCAGCGAGCAAAAAUGGGUAUGGCUGGAAGAUAAAGACGAAGGAUAUUUGCCUGGUCAAAUCGUUAGCGGAAGUCAGAACCAGCAAAGUGUGCAAGUUGCGUUGAAUGAUGGGAAGCGGCAGACUUGCAUGCUGACGAUCUCUACAGGUCCGAACGUGGAAGAUGCAGCUCAGCUCACGUACCUUAAUGAAGCAUCUGUUGUUCAGAAUCUUCGACUGCGAUACCUAUCCAACAAAAUCUAUACUUAUUCCGCGCUGUUCCUAGUAGCAGUAAAUCCGUUCCAAUCCCUCCCAAUGUAUUCCGACGAAACAGUGGCUCUUUACAAGAACAAGAGGCGAGGGGAGCUUCCACCACACAUCUUUGCAGCCGCAGAUCAAGCAUACCACGAUAUGAUUAGAAACAACGAAAACCAAAGUAUCCUCAUAACAGGCGAAUCUGGUGCUGGAAAAACCGAAAGCACGAAGAGAGUAAUUCAAUACCUGACGACAAUAGCAAGUGACCAGAAGAUAGGAAAGCUGGAACAGCAAAUCUUGCAAGCCAAUCCUAUAUUGGAGGCAUUUGGAAAUGCUCAAACCGUUCGAAAUAAGAACUCAUCUCGUUUUGGAAAAUUUAUCAGGAUUGCAUUUAGUCUUGGGGGUACCAUAUGUGGUGCUCAUAUAGACUACUAUUUGCUAGAGAAAUCUCGUGUACAUCACCAAUCACAGAAAGAGAGAAACUAUCAUAUCUUCUAUCAGCUGCUUUCUGCAGACGAUGAGAUGAAAGCUUCCUUGCUCCUGGAGGGCAAACUGAGUGACUACCGGUAUCUCAAAGAUUCCUCAAGGGUGAUCGAAGGAGUUGAUGAUUCACUGGAGCUACAGAAAACAAUGGUAUGUGCACAAGACGCUUUUCUUCGCCCGAAUGAUCCAUAUUGA